CGGACUUUUCGUUCGAAGUCCUUGACCUUUAAAUUAUUAGAUUGACGAUCGAAAUCCGAAGAGGAAUUUCAUAACAUAAAAAAAAGAUCCAGUGUAAAGGGAUGUGCAUGGAGAGGGAUUAAGAGUAUUGGUAAACUAUGUGCAGGCUACAAAAUGAUACAGAAUCCUUCUGAACUGAAGUGAUUUGACGGAAAGAUGUUGACACUCAACCUUUUGAACGUACAGACUGUGCUGGUGGCCCUUACCGUGGGGCUGCUUGUCUACUUCAUCAGGAGGAGGUUCAUCUACCGGCUACCUCCGGGACCAUGGGCCAUCCCUCUGAUUGGAAACUUUGAAGUAUACACUAAACCUUUACUGCACAGGGUAGUUCUACAACUGUCGAAGAAGUAUGGUCCAGUUACUCUGUUUUCUUUUGGGCCUAUCCGAACCGUCUUUCUAAACAACUAUGAGGUUGUAAUGGAAGCCAUGGUGAAAAGAAAGGCGGAUUUUGCUGGACGCCCGGCUUCAGUAACGUUCUCUUUGGUCAGCGAGGGAUAUAAGGACAUAGCUGUGGCGUCCUACUCCCCUAUGUGGCAGUAUCACCGACGUGUAGCCAUCAAAGCUUUAAGAAAUUAUCAACAAGGAGAUCUGCUUGAGAAACUAACACAAGAUAAUAUGACAAAAGUGAUGAACAUGAUGGCGACAGAGAAGGGACCCAUUGCAAUGAAAUCUCACCUUAACAAUAUCGUCUUCUACCAGCUUUAUACCCUCUGUUUUGGAGAAAAUAAGGAGAUUGGUGACUCUGAUGUAGAGUUCCUGCUCCGAGAAAAAGACCUAAUAAACAAAACUGUAGGGAACGGUCUCCGAGAGGAUAUGCUUCCGUUCCUGAAGGAUGUGUACCCGUCCGGACGUUACGUCAUCAUCAAAGAAGCUGCGGAUAGAGUGUUUUCAUUCCUUCAUAAACUCUUACACGAACACCAGGAAACGUUUGAUCCAAAUAACAUCCGGGAUUUUACCGAUCACCUUCUAGUAGCCAGAUCUGAGGCGGAAAAAUCUGGAGACGACGAAUCCCUUGAGAAAUUAAAUGAUACUUAUCUUGUACAAACCGUUUCGGAUAUCUUUUUUGCUGGUGUAGAUACGACGAGACUGACCCUAGAAUGGUUCUUGUGCUUCAUGUCUGGACUUCCGGAAAUACAGGCAAAAUGUCAUGCGGAGAUCGACAAAAAAAUUGGUAGGCGUUGUCCAUCUAUCGCUGACAGACAGUCAUUGCCUUACACCGAGGCCUGCAUCUAUGAGACAAUGAGGGCGGGAGUAAUAGCAGGCCUGGGUUUGCCACAUCUUACCAUCUGCGAUACACACGUUGGUGGGUACGACAUUCCAAAAGACACGGUUGUCCUAAUCAACCAUUUUGCUCUCCAUCGUGACACUAAAUAUUGGAAAGAUCCCGAGAAAUUUGAUCCGCUCCGUUACUUGGAUGAAGAUGGUAAAAUGGAUCCUACAAAACUGGACAGUUGGCUACCAUUUUCUGCUGGAAGGAGAGUAUGCCUUGGAGAAUCUAUAGCAAAGUCGGAAAUUUUAAUGAUGUGCGUCCAUCUUCUUCAAUGGUUUGAAAUAACACUUCCGGAAGGCACCAAACCGAACUUUGUAGGUGUGCAACGUGAUUUUUUUGGAACCGAAUGUCCCGCCGACUUACGAAUUAUCGUAAAGAAAAGAUUCAAAUAAAAAUAUCAAUGACGUUCCUCUUCUUAUAAAAAAUUCAGAUAUUUAUCUUAAGGAUGACGUUUACUCAGAAUGAAAAAAAAUUCCACUGAUGAUAAUGACAAACCAUCUACUGUGCGUUAUAGACCUUACAUAGUAGUGUUAUUCUUCACUUUCAAUGACCUACUUUUUGAGUUAAUGUCCAUUGAAUAUUUUUUGAAAAUUUAAGAAAAAUCCAUAAAAAUUUUACACUAAGAUUGAGAUUUUCUUAAUUGUGAAAAUAAUACAAAUUGCUUAACUCUUAAACAAAUGAAAUACAGUAUAUGAAUGGUAGUGACAUUAAAUGGAUACAAAGCA